AAGCAAGCAUAACUAGCGAGCAAACAAAAGGCAGUCUUAUGCCAUGGCUCUAAGGACUAUUUUCAGUUACCUUCUUGGCUAUGAUCUUAGUUCAGUAUUCCAAUGGCCUGGGGAACAAAAGAUAGAGGCAAAAAUUGAACGGCAUAUAAAACAUUGAACGGCAUAUAAACAGCAUAUAAAACAUUCAGGGUGAGUAGGGGUGUCAGAUUUUGACUCUAUAUUAAGAGGAAAUCACAAAAGGAGCCACAUAUGAAAGAUUUCAAGACGCAAACAUAGAAUUUUCUAUUCCAGGAUCUUAACAUUGUGUAUAUAACAAUAAGAGAACAAAGGAAAUAAAAGCAGGGAGAAGGAGACUUCCCUUAAAAAAGACAGAGUGGUAAUUCCUUAGAAUGGUGCAAUUAUGGUGAAGUACACUUCACUCACAUAAACCAAGUAUUCAGGCUCCAUGCGGAGGGAAUGUGAAGCAACUGAAAAAGUGAAAAAUACCGCCUCAAUUUGGAGUCAGUGACUGGGGCUGCUACUAAAGUCUGGAAUAGCAAGCUUAGCCUCUCUUCAGCAACUAUGCAAGCCAUUGAGCCUUCAGGAUCCAUAUAAAUAUCAGGUCUGAGGCCCCUUUUUUGGCGGGCUCCUAUUUUAGGCCCCAGUUCUGCAGGUGGCUGCAAUGGGGCUCAGCAGUGGUGCAGGGAUCUGCAUUCACAGAGCUCAGUACAGCACUUGGACCAUAGACUUCUGCAUUACCUUAUGAAAGUCCAGCAUCCAGACACCUGCAUGGUCCACAGUCCCUCUGCUCUACACUGGGGUUUAAUGGAACUGGUUUUUGUGUAGAAGUGGCCUCCUGGUUCCAGUGUUCCCUUUGAUGUGGCAAGAUCAACAAGCUAACAAGAUUUCCUGACCACCUUGUGUAGGGAAGCUACUGAAAGACACAAUGGCUGAGUUCUUGGUUUGCUUUAACUGGUGCAGUGGUGAGCAUCCCCAGCCAAAAAGACGUCGGAGACUAGACCGAAAUAUGAUAGGAGAGCCAAUGAACUUUGUCCACACUGCCCAUGUUGGAACAAGAGAUAUGAAUAGUGGUUUUACAUCUGCUGGGUCAAUUCAGGACCAUAUGAAGUCAAAAGGUGGCUACACAAAUGGUACACCUGCAAGUGCACAGCUAUAGAAAAUUCCAAAGGAGACUGAUGCACCAAUUUUUGAAAUUCUGGAAACUGAUCUUACUGGAAGACCUCACUUGUUUUCACUAAUAGUAAGAGAUGCUACUGGGGAAUGGAGUAUUUCAUAGUAAUGUUUCUCUGAAUCUAGUAGUUGGAUGCCCACAUUCUAAUUCAUUAUCUUUGCUGGAACUGUACACUGGUGUUGCUUUUAACUUUAUAAAUUAGAUCUUCUGUUUUUCUGUCUUAAAGCCCAGUGAAGUCUCCACAACUCUACCCUAAAGUAGGUCCAGAUGACUGGAAAACCAAGUGUUUUUCCAUCACUGAGCUGUAAGUGCCUAGCAUGUCCUCUCCCACUACUAUAAUAACUGCAACAGAUGCCACUUGGAGACUUUGGCACAGUGAACUAGGUAAUGCUGGAUGGGUCUCAACAGAAUGCUCAAGACUUUCUUUAGACUGACUUAAAUUUAUGCAGCAGCAAUUUACACUAUCAAUUGAAUUUUAAACUCUCAUCUAGAGAUGGCAUUCUAGGUAUCAAACAGUCAUGUAGCACUGUGGUGGGUUUUGGUAGCUGAUUGGUAGUGACACCUAACUAUAAGUGACAGCCUGUCUUCCAGACACUUAAAAAAAUAAAACCAGUCUCUGAUUACUUUGUUUUUUAAAUGCAUUGGAAGUUCUUAGAUUUUUUUUUUUAACUGAAGUAGAUGAUAUAAUGGCCCAAAUUAAAGAGAAAAUAGGUAGAUUAGUCUUAAAUCACUUCUCAAAGAAACAUACCACAUUUGACACUUAAAUGCUAAAUUGUAGUCUGGGUAUACUUGAUAUAUGUACAGUGCUGGCACUUUGAGAUGUUGCUUCUGUUAAAUAGUCAUAUAUGCAGGCCAGAAGCAACAAGUUUAAGUAUCCCUUGAAGUGACUAGGUCCAUAAUCACUGUCACAAGUGCAUCUAUACCCUUUUUUAUCUUGGGUAAUAGACAAUUGUCCUCUCAAACUGUGCAGUUGGUAUGGAUGCAGCAACUUAAAGUGAUCAUAACUUGCUUUCUUGAUUUCACUAAGUUCAUGAACUUGAAUUAUUGCCAACUUUAGAGCAUGACAAGAUGCAUGGUAAGUCAGUGGAACUCUCAUUUAUUUCAACAGGAGUAGGAUCAGGCCUUCAGGUUUUGUCUUUAAAUACAGGCCUUCACUUCUUAAAAUAUCAUUCAACACAACAUGAUCUGACCACUGUCAUACGACUCUCCUAUACAUUAGAGGUCUUCUCUCACUGAAGUGUAUCAGCUUACACAUAUUGCUAUAAGAGUUGACAUGAAGGCCUAAGAUGAGGGGCUGUUCUGUGUCUCUGUACACUCAGAGUAGGGAAACAUUCUUCUUUCAAACAAAUGGAAAAUUAUCAUAAGAAUAGUGUUCAAAAGUGACUGUACAGUAACUAUACAAAGCAAAGUUUAAUUACUCUUUUGGCAUAUGUGUAUAUCAGGUUAGAAUACAUGCCCUGUUUUUAAAUACUCAUGCUAGUCUAUCGUUUGCUAUCUUAUCUGCAAUUCUGACGAGCACAAGAUCUGUCAUACUGAAGUUUUUCCAACUUGGUUUUUGGAUCAUAAAUGCUGUAACUUGUUCAAUAAACACCACCUUGCAAACUCAA